AUGGCUACUAGUCGAGAUGUCUUCUUCCUCAUCAUCGCUCUCUUCUCCUCGACUCUCUUCCUUGAGCUUUACACGCUACCGGAUCCGUCGUUUUACGAUUAUCUCCGGGAGAGCGGUCUUCCCGCCGGCAUAGUUCCAAAGGGAGUCACCAAUUUCUCGAUCGACGUUAAAACGGGGCAUUUCACGGUCGCUCUCCCGGUUCCCUGCGAUGCCAAGUUCGAGAACCAGUUCCACUUCGACUACAACAUCUCCGGCGUCCUCUCCGAUGGCCGGAUCGGGAAUUUAUCUGGUGUGACGCAGAAGGAGCUUUUCCUGUGGUUUGCUGUCAAGGGAAUACACGUUGAUCCAGAGCGCUCUGGUUUAAUCCACUUCGAUGUCGGUGUCGCUGAUAAGCAGCUUUCUCUAUCGCUCUUCGAGUCGCCUCGCGAUUGUACCGCUGCGGAAUCUCAACUCCAUACGGCUGAUAUCUCCAAAUCUGGAAUCAAUGUUCUUAUUUUGUUUGCCUUUACACUUACAAUGCAGAAGCAAUCUGGAGAUAUCCAAUCCAUAUUUGGACCACCAAGGAACCAAUGGACAGUAUCGUCGUAG